UGAUUUAAAUUUUUUUUUUUUUUCCAUUCAAGUAAGUGUAUAAAAUGGUUGAAUCUAACAAGUUUUCCCCUUCCUAAGGACUAUCAAAAGACCAAAGUCCAGCUUUCCUUACAAAUGAGCUUCUGUCCUACUGACCACUCAAACCCUAACCCUAAUUCUAUCUUCUUCCCUGAAAAUCCCGAUCCGAUGGCCGACUUCGAGCUCUCUGAUUACCUUAUGCUUGAUGCCGGUGUCUUCGAGGAUGAUACAUCGGAGAAGGGCAUGGGUGUCGCGAAUGAAAGUGCAACACCAAAACAUAGUAACAUAAGAUGCAAAAGUGGAGAGAAGAAAAGCAAGUUGGGACUGGGACAUCGUAUUGCAUUUAGAAUGAAAUCAGAGAUAGAAGCCAUGGAUGAUGGAUAUAAAUGGAGGAAAUAUGGGAAAAAGUCGGUCAAAAACAGCCCCAAUCCAAGGAAUUACUAUAAAUGUGUAAGUGGAGGAUGCAAUGUGAAGAAGAGGAUAGAAAGGGACAGAGAUGAUAAAAGUUAUGUGAUAACUACCUAUGAAGGUGUUCAUAAUCAUGAGAGCCCAUACACGUCUUACUGUAAUCAAAUGCCUCUUAUGGCUCCUAAUGCUUGCAUUUCCCAACCUUCUCCUUUCUCCUCUUCUUUUUCUACAUGAAGCCAAAAUAUAAAAAAUAAAUUACUUAGAUAUACAUAUAUUUAUAUAUACACUUAUAUUAAGUCAUAGGCUCAAGUUUAUGUAACGAGUGCUCAACAUGGCAUCAAUUUAGUUAGAAAAUUAUUAAAAUAUCUCUUUAUAUAUAAAAUAAGUUAUAUUA